UGCAACCUGCUCUAGCCUCUUCCAAAUCCCUUCUACUUGAGCGGCAUCCUCCCCAACUGAGUCCUGACAGAGCCUGCAGUCCGGCCCCCGCCCCCAGCCAAACCUCUUGGGCUCCUGUCAAAAGCUUCUCCAGCAUUGCCCCUCACCCCCUGAGAAUGUACUCCUGCGCCAAGUUCAUCUCUACCCCUGCCCUUGUGAGGAGCAGCUCUCAGUUGCUGAGUAGAUCAUUAUCUGCAGUGGUCCUAAGACGGCCAGAGAUUCGGACAGAUGAGAACCUCAACAUUUUGGCAACAUCAGGUCCCUUGACCUCACUUGUGCCCCGAAGUGGAUUCCAAACCAGCAGUGUCUCAAGGGACAUUGACACAGCAGCCAAGUUCAUUGGGGCUGGGGCUGCCACUGUGGGGGUAGCCGGCUCUGGAGCUGGGAUUGGGACUGUGUUUGGAAGUCUCAUCAUUGGUUAUGCCAGGAAUCCCUCCCUGAAGCAGCAGCUGUUCUCCUAUGCCAUCUUGGGCUUUGCCCUGUCUGAGGCCAUGGGGCUUUUUUGCCUGAUGGUGGCCUUCCUCAUUCUCUUCGCCAUGUGAUCGAGCCAUUUCUAUCCCUCAGCGUUUCUGAACGUUCCUCUUCGUCCUUCUGGUCCUUCCAUGUCUCUUCCAGCCUGUGUAUACCUCCCCCUCCAUCUUAACAGAGAACCCCAGGGAACCAUGGGCUCCGGAUUUGACAGAGGGGAAAAAAAUAAAUACUGUAUUAUUAAGCUGUU